GAAGGAAGAUGAGAGUUGAGACGACUAGUAGAUAACAGCAUGGUAAACAUACAGUAACGUGAUGCCCAUAUAAGGUAAAAACACGAGUUUGAGAUAACAGGGCCUGUAGAUGAGAACUCAAGAAGAAGUAGAGAAAGCAGCAAGAGAUGAGAUCUCCAGAAAGAGAGCUGAGCUACUGAGAAUACAACAGGAACUUAAUAGGAAACUUAAACAUGCUGACAGACGGAAAAACAAAUGCAAGAAAGUUAACAAAGAGGAAAAUAAGGAGGAAAAUAAGGAGGAGCACAAGGAGGAGCACAGCCAACAGAAGCUGAAGCCGCUCCCACAUUACAAACUACCCUUCCUCUUCAAACCUCCUAUAAAGAUGGUCUGUAACCAUCAGUACAAACUGAACAACAAUAAUCAAACCGGGCAGAAUAAAGAUAAUACUGUAUUAGUGUCUGCUAAGUUUAUCUACAGAGACCACGUGACGUCACCCCCACACGUGACGUCAUCAGAACACGUGACGUCAUCAGAACACGUGACGUCAUCAGAACAAUUAACCUCACCCCCACAAUAUGAACCAGUUCACACACCUUCACACAUCUUGAUACUUACUGAGUGUAACAUUAACCUUGUUGAUAUCAACACGUGGCGUGUCAACACGUGGGAUAUCUCCCCCGCUCUAAGCUCAUUUACAGAUGAUAUCUUGUUGUUUGGAGACCUCUUACUUGGUAUUGAUAAGAACAGUAGUAAGAUAGUAAAUAUAAAGACAUCUAACCUAGUAUACGAGUGCAAGAAGAUAGAAACAUAUUGCUACACAUCAGACCGGAUAUUCCUCUCCAUUACACCAGACACCCCCGCUCCCUUAUAUGGGCAUCACGUGACUACUCCUCCUACCUUCCUUAUUCAGACCCUGGUGUAUGAUCCUCUCUCUGGUACUCUCACUAAACUCACCCAGUUCCCCACUCCUCACCUGAUAGUAUCUCUCAGACACAUGUCUGAUAAGCUAGUGGGUACUUCAGCUGGUAAUGUGUAUAUCUGGACCCUGCAGGAUAACGUUAUCUAG